GUGAAAUCGGAUGAUACCUUGAAGUUGGGAGCGUGGUUCUAUGAUGCAAUCGAGCUGAGCAUUUACGGAGGUUAUUUGUGAUGUGUAACCAAACUUUGUUGUUGUGUUUCUUGUACGUAAGUCAAGUAUCCGGAAAUUCUUUGUGUAACCAACGUUUUCUGAAGCUCACCACCAACUAGAGCGGUUUAUAUUCAUAUGCAAGUUGUCUUGGUCUGAACAAGUUGGUAUUGUAGUAUUGAAUUUGCAAGACAAGCCUUGAAUUUGUGGCCCGCUCAAGUUGUUGUCGACGAUGUGGAGCCAUUACAGAGCGCGUCGCCGAGCUGCUGAGCGGCAACGCUUGGCCACUGAGGAUAACAAAAUGUGCCUAGCAACACUAGCGAGCAUGGGUGAGGACGAGAAUGAAGAACGUGUAUACAUUGGUUCUGUUCCUGGUCGUCGGACCAUUCCACGCGAUCGGUACAGCGGUUAUAUCCGAUUGAUGGAAGAUUAUUUCGUUGCAAAUCCAGUGUAUGGGGAAAACUUGUUCCGUCGCAGGUUUCGGAUGAGACGGACAAUGUUUGAUGACAUAUUGGCUCGUGUCCAAGAAAGAAAUGUAUACUUCAGACUUCGACACAAUGCAGCUGGUCAGGCUGGGUUUCAUCCAAUUCAGAAAGUUACAGCUGCUUUGAGAUUACUUGCAUAUGGAGGGUCGGCGGAUCGGCUUGAUGAGUAUAUUCGCAUGGGCGAGAGCACGAUCAUGGAAACCUUGCAGCACUUCACUCGUACAAUAGUCGACAUCUAUGGUCCAGAGUUCUUGAGGCAGCCAAAUGACAAUGAUAUUACCAAACUUCUUGCUGUAGCAGAACAAAGGGGAUUCCCGGGAAUGCUCGGAAGUAUAGAUUGUAUGCAUUGGGAAUGGGAGAACUGCCCUACAGCUUUACAAGGUCAAUAUCGAGGUCAUUUCAAGAAACCAACACUAAUUUUAGAGGCAGUGGCAAGUCAUGACUUAUGGAUAUGGCACGCGUUUUUCGGAAUGCCGGGUUCUUGUAACGACAUAAAUGUGCUGCACCGAUCCCCUGUAUUUGACAGGAUUUCUAGUGGGAAUGGUCCUGAAGUUCAUUAUGCUGUCAAUGGUAGAGAGUAUAAUAUGGGGUACUACUUAGCAGAUGGAAUAUACCCACCAUGGGCAACUCUUAUAGGUGGUAUAUCAAUUCCGAAAUCUAAUAAACAGAAAUUAUUUACGGAUUUGCAAUCUGCUUACCGAAAAGAUGUUGAGUGCGGGUUUGGUAUCCUUCAAGCUAAGUUCCAUAUCAUUAAAAGGCCCUCAAAGAUUUGGUCACCUGAGGACAUGAAGUUUAUAGUUGAUUGUGUGAUCAUUUUGCACAACAUGGGAAUCAAAUUUGAGCAAGAUGUUGGCCAAUUGCGUAUUGAGGACUAUGAGGGUGCUACACAACCAAACAUCUCUGCUAAUAGAAAUGUACCAGAAGUCGAAGCUCUGAUCGAUGCUCACCGGCGCAUAAGAAGCCGUCUGGCCAACGAACAACUCAAGUUAGAUUUGGUCGAACAUGUUUGGAACCAUUAUGGAAGAAGCUAGGAAUGUAGUAGAACGGUUUAUGUACUCUGUAAUUGUUGAACUAACAUAAACAACUGCUUCUGGCCUUUUGUGUAAUCCAUGCUCUACCUUGGCAGUCC